GCGCGGCCAGACUCAGCCCGGCCAAGGGGGGAGGCCUUGGCAGCACAGAGCAGUGUUACUGCCCUUUUCUUUUGUCUUUUAUUUCCCUUUUUCUCCCUCUGUUUGUUCGCAUGGACGUCUUCUUGUGAAGGAUUUUUUUUAAUGCGUUUGCUGCUGUGUAUAGGAGGGAGCAUGGAGUUGCUCUCGGUUCAGCGUUUUAGGCACCAUUCUCUUCCACCGCUUUGCAUUCCUAGAAGUGCUGAGAUUUACAAGUGUAAAAUUACUGGUGGUGUAGUUGCCUGGAAGCCAUAAACAAAAGGGCUCAAGGCUAUGUGAAACUUUUUAUGAGGAAAGCAUAAAGUAAUCCUCUUAUGGGUUGUUGAGUGUGUGAAUCGUUAUGUGUUUUUUUGUUUAGUGUUUUUUUUUUCUCCUUGAAAGCUGUUGAAGUUCAAAAAAUGAACCACGGUGAUCCGAAGGUAACUCAUCUUUGGGCAUCGAGACUGUCAGUUACAGCCAAAACAUCAGUUGCAGAAGCAGACAUGAAAACAGCUAUAUCAGACUCCCAAGGUGAUGUGGUGACUUGAAGAUAUAUAUACUGCUGUGCAGUUCUGUCCAAAACCAAUGGAAGAAGAUGAGACUUCUUGUAUUUCUAAUAAUUUGCCAGUGUGGCAUAAAGAAUGUCAAUAGUCACAGUGCUUCGAAUCCCAAUAUCAUUUUACUAAUGGCUGAUGAUCUUGGUAUUGGAGACCUGGGAUGUUACGGGAACAGAACCUUACGAACUCCUAAUAUUGACAGACUAGCUAAGGAAGGUGUGACACUUACUCAGCAUAUAGCAGCAUCCCCACUAUGUACUCCAAGCAGGGCAGCUUUCCUGACAGGACGAUAUCCUAUCAGAUCAGGAAUGGCUGCCUACUCACGAGUUGGUGUCUUCUUAUUUUCUGCCUCUUCUGGAGGGCUUCCUUCUGAAGAAAUAACUUUUUCCAAACUCCUGAAGCAGAGAGGUUAUUCAACAGCUCUAAUAGGAAAGUGGCAUCUUGGGAUGAACCGUGAAAGCAGUAAUGACUUCUGUCACCACCCCCUCAGUCAUGGAUUUGAUUACUUCUAUGGGCUUGCCGUGACCAAUCUUAGAGACUGCAAACUUGGGCAAGGCAGUGUAUUUUUGAAAGGAAUUGAAAAAUCUAUUGGUACCUCAAUCCAAAUCAUUGGAAUCACUUUAGUCUCUUUGGCAACAGUGCAUUUCAUUGGCUUCCUCAAAGUACCUUUCCAAGCAUUGGGCUAUUGCUUGUUAAUAACUGCUAUUUUACUUGUGGUUUUGCUUUUUUUCUUUUAUAAUUUUCGAUACCUGAACUGCUUUUUAAUGAGGAACCAUCAGAUUAUCCAGCAGCCACUGUCCUAUGAGAACCUUACUCAGAGACUGACAAAAGAAGCUGUACAGUUUAUAGGAAGGAACACAGAUGCACCAUUUCUUCUUGUCCUGUCUUAUCUUCAUGUCCAUACUGCUCUAUAUGCAUCAAAAAAUUUCAUAGGAAAAAGCAAGCAUGGCUUAUAUGGGGAUGCAGUGGAGGAAAUGGACUGGAGUGUAGGACAAAUUCUGGAUGUUUUGGAGAAACGUAAUCUGAACAAUAAAACUCUUGUAUACUUUACGUCUGACCAAGGGGCUCACGUUGAAGAAAUCUCUAGUUCUGGGGAAGCCCAUGGAGGGUAUAAUGGCAUUUAUAAAGGUGGAAAAUCAACAAACUGGGAAGGAGGUAUUCGUGUGCCAGGGCUUCUCCUUUGGCCUGGAGUGAUACAGGCUGGUACCUAUAUUUAUGAGCCAACAAGUAACAUGGAUAUAUUUCCUACUGUCAUCAAACUUGCAGGAGCACAGUUACCCUACGACAGAAUUAUUGAUGGACAUGAUCUGAUGCCCUUGCUUCAAGGAAAAAUUAUCCGUUCCAAGCAUGAAUUUCUGUUCCAUUACUGUAAUGCAUAUUUAAAUGCAGUGCGCUGGCAUCCAAGAAACAGUGAAUCUAUUUGGAAAGUCUUCUUCUUCACUCCAAACUUUAAUCCUGAAGGCUCCAAUGGUUGCUAUGAUUCUCAUGUUUGCUUUUGCUAUGGACGUUUUGUCACACGCCAUGAUCCCCCACUACUCUUCGAUCUCUCCAGAGACCCUGAAGAGAAAGUCCCGCUGACUCCAGAAACAGAGAGUCAUUUUUAUGAAAUCCUCAAUGUCAUACUGCGAGCAGUAGAUAACCACACCAAAUCAUUGCAUGCUGUCCCUGACCAGUUGUCAUGGGACAACCUUCUUUGGAAGCCGUGGCUCCAGCUGUGUUGCUCAUCCCUUUUUCAGUCUUGUUACUGUGACUAUGAGUCAGAAGAGAACCUGCCAGAGGUGCAUUCUGAAUAAAGGAAAUGCAAUUCUGUUUACAGAAACUGGAACAAGAAGAGUAUAUGGGUAUCUCAAGUCGAACCACUGCAGUACUAACCUUUAUAACUAAAUUACAAGGUUUUAUUAUAUAAGAUGACUCAUCUUUAAAUCCAUCACUGUGAUAGAAGAAAAAUUCAGUCAAGAAGCCCUGUGCCAAGAGGAGGUCGAGAUGCAUCUUUUCUGUCUUUGAAAUACAAGAAAAGUGUGAAGCAUAGGUUGUCCUCCAUAUCUACAAAUGGGUAGGCUGCAGACAUUUUCCAGACGAGAUUAUUUUCUAGGUCCUCAGCUCCAGCUUUGUUCAUACCCAGCAAAGAACUUACCUGUAGCUUCUGUUGACUAUGACCAUUAUACACACACUCGCCUGUCCUUUUUGGUAUUAUCCACCAUUAGUAGGGCAUUGCACUAAGAAAUUAAAAACAGAUAUAAUAGUGGAGACAUCCAUCUGUGACUAGUUUGAUAACUGAUAGGCAGAUAAAGAAUAAUUUGUAGCAGUAUCUUUAUCAACAAGCAGCGCUGAUCUAAAACAGGAAAUGGAUAGCCAGCAAUCUAACAUUGUAUGUGCCAUGCAAACCUAGAGAGUUAUAUAGUGAGAGACCUUGCACCCACAUUGAAAAUGGUACUCCCUAGCUAAUGCCCUGUUGCAUUACAUCAAUCUUCGUUUCAGAAAGAGAGGGACCCCUUCAAGUGCAUCAGUGGUGUGCUUCAGUGUGCACCAGAAGUCUCCAGGUAUAGAUGCAAACCAAAUUCAUACAACCCCUGCACCCAAUAACCAAUACAGGCACACUCUUAGACUCUUAACCUAGUUGCCAAAUGAAAGAUUUGGUCCAAGCUUGAAAUCUGAAUUCCAAAUUCACACUAUAAUAUAACAGUAUCUUUCAGUAUCUACCUACCAUACUUAUUCUUCCACUGAUGAGUGCAAGCUGCAUCCUAAAUAAAUAAAAUUGAGAGUCUUGCUUUAAAUUUUUUUGCCAUCUUUUAAGCUAUCCAGAUAGGAUCUACCAUUUUCUGAGAAUAAACCUGGUCUUGAGUGCUUAAAUUUUCCCAAAGCCAAAUAUAACUGUCUCUGAGUUCUUAGCAAGGCCUUGGGAAAUCUACAGUACUUCAGGGCUAAUUUAUGUAUCCAUUUUUAUCUGCAUCUUAUUCAGUCACAUUUUCUUUCCACUCUACAGCCAGGCAAACUAUUUUCUUUGGCAGAUUGUACAAGAAGGAGAACAUAUCAGCAAAAUGCUAAAAUGAUUUGAUGCCUGAUAAUAGAAGAUGACUUGUUCCUUGUCAGAAAGAAAUGGUUAAUUCCAGCAUUAUAAUGUAUUAAAAUCUGUUUGGUAGUAUUAGCACAUCACUAAUGUAAAAAUGAUCUUGGUUGAUAAUAAUGCAAUAGCUUCAGUCAGCCAGCAUUAAGGUUGUGACCCAGUUCUUGGGAGCUGUUGAAGCCUGUCCUGUGAAAAUAUAUUGUGAUAUAGAGUAUAUUCCUCUCUCUGUAAAAUCUGUGCUUUAUUUGAUUUUUCUGCUGCAGUUUCAUUCAAAAUUUCAUUCUUAACAGUAUCCAAAUGCCUGUCCUGGGAACAGAUGCACUCUUUCUUUGAAGUCCUAUUUCUGAUGUUCCAACUCGUGUUUAUGAUUGUGUGUCUUUACUUAAUUAUGUGCUCUGCAAGCUGUCUGUGGUAGCAAAAUCAUGUGUCUGCUGAAAAAGUUAUACAGUUUGGAUAUUUCCCUGAUAACCACUCAGGACUAUAUAUAUUGUAUCUGGAAAGCUGUCAAAUGGCCAUUCAUUCAGCAUAAUUUCCCCUUUGCUUUAAUUACUGAAUGUACAACACAAAUUUAGAAACAGACAUCCCUGCAGUUUCAUUGCAAGUACUCUUCCCCAGUGUUUUGUGGCUACCUCCCUACUUCAAGGCAGGAUUCACACAGCCCAAAUUUGUGUUCCCCACCAUUCAGACCAAGCAGCCACUGGAGCAUAGUGCUGGUCCCUCCAUGCCUCCAGCCCUGCUGCCCAUGGGCACUGGGAGACCAAUGUGAGCUGCACCCUGGGGGCAGCCUGACCUGUGGCUGGGGUGCAGGUUGCCAAGGCACUGAGCCCAGGGGUGGGCAUGCUUUCUCCAGGUCUCACAGUUCAGGUGCAGCUUACAUAAACUCUUCAAGCAAACUUUCCUGCUGAAUCAUAUAGGCAAAAAUACAUUUGUUAAUUAUACAGCAGUAAUUCAGAUGAGGUGUUUCAUGCCGUUGGAUCUAUUUUUCCUCCCACAGUUGCUUGGCUGUGACCUUGACAGGGAUCUCAGUGGAUAUUCUUAAGAACAUCCACAUCUACUUCUUUUCCUUAGGAAGCUGCUAUGCUACUAUUAUUUCUUUUCUUUCUGCAGCUGCAAUAAUUGUUUGUUCUGUUAGGCACAGCAGCUAGUCUGUGCUGCCUAAGAUAUCAAAAAUGGUAUUUUUUUCUACUGCUCUGAUUUCUUCCUGACUGAAUACAGCUUUUUUUUUUUUUAUGCCCUCCUUUGGUUUUGGCAUCAUCUCUCUACUCUCCUUUCUAAAAACAUCCGCACUCCUCAAACACUUUUUAUUCAGUCCUACCAUUUGCCUGUCAUAUUAAUCACUAUGGCUAUUUUCCUCCUAAUCAAUCAAAGAAUAAAAAUUGUUCUUUGUGAAAAGAUGUGCUUUUUAGAGUUCCUUGACUCUCCUAACCUGCUACAUAUUCCUACUUGACGUCUAACAAGGAUCAACUGUGCAUUAUGGAAUCAAAGAUAUUAAAACACACCCAGGACACUCUUAAUAAUACAUGUUAUUUCUUGUUUCUGGCACAAAUUCAUAUUUACUAAAAUCAAAUUUAAUGUAGUAAUUAAUAUUUUUGAUGUAAUCAAUAAAUCUUAACUCCAUUUUUACAAUUGUUCCUUCAAUAAAGAUUCCAUGAAGAAUAAAACAUUUUUCUUCA